UCCCCCUCUCCGACAUCGCUGUGAGCUCCUCCUGUCUCCCGGAUGGCAGUGCAGAGGCCGUCUGUUCAGUGAGAGGAUCAGAUCCCCGUUAUUCCUGGAGAUUGGAUGGAAGAUCCGUCUCCAGAGAGAUCUGGGUAACUCUUCCCCCUCCGGUCUCCGGAACCCUCCGCUGUGAUGUCACCAAUCAGAUCAAUAAUCUCAGCACAUCUAUCAAUAUCUCCUGUACAGUUCCGGUAUCGGAUCCGGUCCUGGAAGUGACGUGUCUCCACAAUGGCAGCUCUGAGAUCUCCUGUAGGGUGGAGAAGGGGACUGACCUCUCCAUCUUCCUGACUGUGAUUGGAGGAUCGGAGGGAUAUAACGUCACCAGUUCAGAGCGGACAGUCCGUGUCACUGUGCCUCCGGUGUCACCUCCCGAUUCCUGGAACAUCAGCUGCUUGGUGAAGAACAAUAUCGGUGAGAGAUCCACCAAUGAGAUCCGUGAGCCUUGUCCAGGAAUUCCGUCACGUUGGGGUCACCUCCUGUCACACGGUGCGGUCUGUGUCCUCUACACGGUUCUCCUCAUCUGUAUGGUCAAUGACCUGAGGAAGAUGAAUGGGAGUGAGAGGAGGAGGAGAAGGGAUCGUACAGAGAUGGAAAUGGAACCAACUUACUAUAAUGAGAGGAACUGAAACCUUCAACCCGAUUGUCAGCCUGGAAGUUGUCUGAGGCCACAAACACGGCUACAGAAUGGAAAGGAAGUAACAGACGGUAGUACACGGUCAUAUCUGGGUC